AUUAGACAUGCAUCCAAAUUGAUGUGAGCUAUAGCCUAUAACAUCCUCCAAAACAGUAAAUUAAAUUAGGGCUAUUCGCUUAACUUUGACAUAUAGAAUUGGCCUAUUAUAGCCUAUAAUUAUGUUCUAUUUAAUAAACGUAGCAAGAAGCCAUCACUACAUUUCCCAGAAUGCUUGCAGUUGCGAGGGGAAGUGUCGUCUCAAAGGUACUUAAAUAAAGGAGCUGCAGCUCAAGCCGCUAGAAUAGACCAAUGCGGGAGGGCGAACCUGCUGUGGCCGCGAUGGGACCAGCGCACAGAAAUGACAGUCUGUCUUGGAAUUGGGACUAAAUUAUACUCAAAGGACAGGGAUCGAGGAGGGAGCCUGGUUGGGUUUUCGGACAUUCCAUGUAUUAAAAUAGCUUUUUAUUAGUUGAUCUACAAGAAGAUAUGGAUCCAAACGGAGAGGGGAAAGUUAACCUGGUUGCCUUUGAAUAUUUCCGGUGUUCAUUGUAACCCAAGAUGAAAUAAAUACUACAAGGUACACGUGAGCAGUGGCUGUUGCACAUACCCGACGGUCGCAAAUUGCCAGUAAUCGCGGGCGAUCUCACGCUGCUUGUGGAGGUGAGAGAGAGCACACAGCACCCAUCUGGAGGCACUUCUAUUGAUGGAGGAAGCUUCAAGACACGGAAAAGAAAGUUGCAUCGGCUCUGUUUUGGUGAUGUGAUCUGAUGGCCAAUGAAAAGCAGAAAGCAUGAUGAUGUGAAUUUAAUCACAACUCUUCCAUUAUUGAGUAAAUUAUUACAUUUUCCAUCAUAGUGUUGGAAUACAGAACUGGUUGCAAAAUGCAUGGCUUUUAUGAACAUGUCAGCAAAGAGAUAGCCUAGUCAUUCUCAACGGAGAACACUGGCCAUUUGACAGUGCCACCCUUUUUCGUUUUUUUGUCUUUUUUGACUAUUGAAAAUGUGGAUGCAAUUGUGAAUUUCUUGCUGUUUCCAUGCGUCUUUCUCCUCCAGACCUCGGGACGUUGUUGUGGAUUGUAUUGCUAUUUAAUGCAAUGGGCUGUAUCCAGAGUAUCAGGUGUAAGCCCAAGAGUUUCCGUGAAAGUAUCAUCGUUCUCGAGGUGAACUCCUCCAUUGACUCCACGCCAACCAGCAUCGACGAGUCAUCCAGCGUGGUUCUGCGCUAUCGGACACCGCACUUCCGAGCCUCUGCUCGGGUACUAGUGCCGCCCGUGGCCAGUAAAGAGACGUGGACCGUUGGCUGGAUUCAAGCAUGCAACCACAUGGAGUUCUACAACAAAUAUGGAACCAAAGGGAUGUCGAGCUGGGAACUCCCUGACCUACGGGAUGGCAAGAUCCAGGCCAUCAGCGACUCGGACGGCGUCAACUACCCGUGGUAUGGCAACACCACGGAGACGUGCACCAUCGUAGGUCCCACCAAGAAGGCCACCAAGUUCACGGUCAGCAUGAAUGACAACUUCUACCCCAGCGUUACAUGGGGUGUGCCUGUGAGCGAUAGCAACCUGCCACAGCUCAGCAGCAUCCGCCGCGACCAGAGCUUCACCACCUGGCUGGUGGCCAUCAAUCAGGCCACGGCCGAGACCCUGGUGCUGCAGACCAUCUGCUGGAGGAUGCAGCUCCACAUCGAGGUGGACCCGGACAAGCCUCUAGGCCAGAGGGCCACGCUGCGUGAGCCUGUGGCCCAGGAGCAGCCCCAUGUCCUGGGCAAGAACGAGCCCAUCCCCCCCAAUGCCAUGGUCAAGCCCAACGCCAACGACGCUCAAGUGCUCAUGUGGCGGCCAAAGACCGGGGACCCCAUCGUGGUCAUCCCGCCCAAAUAUUGAAUGACCUUGGGGGGUUAAACACUCCUCUUCUCCCCCUCCUCUACCUACUCUCACUUUUCAUUUUCUCUCUCUUUACCUACUUUCCUUUUUUCUCCUUUUCUCCUUCCCUCAAGCUCCUUGCCUCUAUUUGCCUCUCUGUUUCUCUCCUCUCCUCUUCUUUUUGUAAGAACUGAGCAAAAGAGGGAGAGAGGGAGAGAGAGAGUGAAACAAGGACAAGAGCAGUUUGGAGAAAGAGGACGUCCCCUAUAAGUGGGAGCUGAAGCUGACUAAAAACUGGAGUGAACAAACUGCAACCAUUCUACCUUCAAACGGGGUCGGGUUUCACUGUGCUAGAUAAAGUCAUUGCAAAAAAAAUCUAAAAUAAGGAAUUUUGCUUUUUGGGAUUGGGGUUAGGGGUUGGGAGGGAUGGGGAGUGUGUGUGGGUUGAAAAAAAUAUAGUAUUUAUGUUCAUAUUUAUGUACAUGGUACAUACAUGUAUACAUGCACAAAGUUUGCGUAUACCAGUUGAGUUUUUAUUUAUGGGCUGGGAGAGAGCAUUUUUUGUGAAUAAGCGCUAUUUUGUGCUCCACAUGAGUGAUAUGUGAAUACGAACCGUAUCGGGGUGACAUAUGUAGUUUUAGUACUUUUUUAAACAUGAGAGUCAUUCAAUCCAUGCUGCCUUAAGUUUAAAUCGCUUUCCACUGCAAAUGUUUAGCCUUAAACCAAGUGCAAUGCAGUAUUCCUUCACCUGUCCUCUCUCUUCUUCCAUCCAGACUGUUGGUGCUGGUGUGUGUGGGUUUAGGAACGGAACAGUGGGUUGUGUACAAUGGGUUAUCAGGAACCAAAUUGAGUCCUAAAACUGCUGGAACCCUUUUUCUACCACAGAACAAAAGAGAAAAGACAUUCAAACAAACCCUUUCAAAUAGUCAGUUAGGUCGUCAUCUCAUGCAUGGCUGUGGAAAAGGUUUUCUGACAACAUUCAAUUCCAUUGAGACUGAUAUUCAGCUGACUUUUAGAGUUGUCAACAACCUCCCUUUACAGAAAGAAAACAGUAUUUCAUCAUGUUAUCUUUCAUUUGCUUUAUCACCAUUCCCUCCAUCUCAGGGCCCUGUCGCAGUACUCCUCCCUCCCUCUGCCGUUCUUCUCUCCUCUCUACAGAUGUCGGAGGGGACAACCCUGCUAGCACCUAAUCAAUACUGUUAUUACAGCAAGCAGCAGCCAGGGGAAAUUACUGUGCAUUUCAUAACAGGGGCAAUAAAAAAAUUGGUCCUCCAUGCGAUGCUAUGGGAGAUAAAUCAUCUCGGCUUUAGGGUGCCUGUGUGUGAAUCCACAUGGUGCAGAGGUGGUUGCAGCGCACCGCCCUCCAUCUCUGCUCUCUCUUUCUGUAGUCCCCCCUUGCUCUCCUCGCACUCUCUCUCUCUCUUCUGAUGUUCAUCCCCAUUCAUCCUCUCUCACCCUGUCCCUACUUUCUCCUCUCUGAUCCAUCUUUCUCUCUCUGCUCCCCUUGAUUGGUCUCUAUUUCCUCCAUCCAUCCCUCCACCCACCCUUCACCCUUCACCCUGUCCUCUGUCCUCUUUGCAGCAGUAGGCAUGCGAGGAUCAGCCUGGCAUAUAGAUGACCCACUUCUGGGGUUGCCACUACCAGUUGUCACUACCAGUUGUAGCCCGCUGCAGAAAUGUGGUGCUUUUUUUUCUCCUCUCGCUAAAUACCUCCAUAAACGUGACCAUGCCCAGACACUCGUUAAUCUAUGGGCAGGGCAGCUUUACCCAGAGCUGAAAUUGCUCAUGGAGGAGGGAGGGGGUGGGGGUUUAGAGGGAUAGCUGGGGGAUAGAAUUUGGCAUCAGGCUUUUUAUCUCCUUAUAAUAUCAACGACAACAAGAACAACAGCAUCAGCAGUAUGAGCUAAAAAAAGGAACAGGGACUGAUGUUUGAAGUGGUUAAGAAAACUUCAUCUCUGCUUCUGUCACGGAAGGUAUUGUUUUUUCAUUAAGUUUAUGCUAGUUAUGAUGUUGUGAUAUUUUAUGGAUGCAAAGCUUCCUUGGUAGAGGAAUAACAUUUCCAUCAAAUGCCACCAACAAUUGGGCAACAUUGUUUGCUCGUUAUUUCAACCUACCUUAUCAACAUUAUCACACUGCAUCAACCUGGCUACUUGAUUGAAUUUGCCAAAAGUCAUUAAAAUACACAGAUUUUGUCUUGAUAUAACCAAAUAGUGUCAACAGGUUUUUGUGGUUUGGUUUAUUUCAAAUUAAACUCAAACUAUUGACAUCUCAACCAAAUAUCAACCGUAAUUUGACGUUUAUCUGACAUCUUUGCCUGGUUAGAAAAGACAGAGCAGCCUAUCAGUAGCAGCUGAAUAGAAUGAAGAAAGACCAGGGCUCAGAAACCAGAGAGUCUGAUAGCCUGCUCUGGACUCAAUCAUCUGAGCGGGAAGGAGGAGGGAGGAAGGAGGAGGGAGGAAGGAGGAGGGGUCUGCUGGGGAGAAGUGCUGUCAUUAAUAGAUCGUCUGUGAAAUACUGAGCACCCUUCAGAUGCAUUGUGCUGUGCCAAGGCUGGCUAUAGUAAUAUAUGAUGGCCUCUUGGGGCUAGAGGACAAAGGUCAGUGUUAGAAGGGGUGGGGGGUUGGGAUUGAGGUGGAAGGGGGUAUUGGUGGUAGUCAGGGGUAUGGGUGAUAGAGUGACAAGGAGUUGGGGUUGUGUCACAAUCUGCACACUGCUGAGUGAUUCAUUGGAAAGCCCAGCAGGGAUUGCUUGUCACCAUGUAUAAAACACCUUGACACAUCAGUAGCUGGCUAGCUGUCCUUAGUCACGGCAUGACCUAAAUACUCUCAUUGAUCUGGCGCUGCUGUAGCUGUUGCUGAACUAUGGCUCCAUCUGUUCACUCACACAGGGCACAUCCUUGUCAUAAGACAGCAGGGGCGGUCUCUCCUUGCAUGCUAUCUGAUCAUCACAGCAUCACACUGGGACCGAGUGUUAACAGCAUUUAUCAGCAGAGCACGUGGCCCCCAGCAACACAAACACACACUAGAGAGAGGGAGGUAACGGGAAGGCGAUUGCCUCGAUUUGUGUCGGACUCUGACAGUGUUGUUAUGUGCUACUGAUGAGUCUGUCUCAUGUACAACUACUUCCUCAAAACACAUCUCCAACCGAGUUCUGUUUUUAGAAAUGGACAAAUUGACAUUUACGUAAAUAUUCAUGAGAUUACGAUUCAGUCAUUGAACAAGUGAAGUUCAUGGACUUCAUGUCUCCUUCUGGGGUUGUGCCACUGUGUAGCCUUUCAUUCCUAAACCCACAGCUCUUAGUUCUGAGGGCGCCCACCUUUUCUAUGGAUCUUUAUGUAAAAGAGUAAUGUAAACUACAGCCCACCAACACGUCAUAGACCAGCAGUAAAGGUUUCUCUUUUAGUUACAAAUAACAAGCCCAAGCUCACUCUCAGGAUCACCCAUCGUUGUUUCCUAUCCUUUACUAUUAGUUUACCCCAUAUAAACAAAAGAGUUGUCCGUCUAUCUUGCCAUUCGCUCCCUGCAACUCUGACUAGGUUUUCAGUAGAGUAGCCUUAUGGCUAACUGUAGCAGACUAUACACAACUGGCUACAAUGUAUUUCAAAUUUUGGGUGUUUUUGAUUUGUCUUCUGAAAAAUCAUUUAAUAUAUUUUGCAGCACUGAAACAAAAAUACAGUAUGUUUUUUUUGUAUUUGUCAUUGACACUGAUACUUGAACAUAGAACAGUACUGGCAAAUAUUUAAAACUGUGAAAAUGCACAAUGUUAAAAAAAUAAAUAAAAUGGAAAAAGUAUUUUUCAUUAAUAAAUAAGAAUGUGCAAAUGUUA